UGUUUACAUUUUUUUUUGUCUUGAACUUUUGUGUGUUUUUUUAUUUCCAGAAAUUAUCAUUCAAAGAUUAAAGUUUAAAGUAAAAAAAACAAAACAAAAAUGAGUUUUUUCGGUAAUCCAACACCUGGAACAUCAACAUCAUUGUUUGCUACACAAAAUCCAAUCGGUUCAUCAACAAUGUUCAAUGUUCCCGGGUCGAAUUCACAAUCAACACCAUUUGGAUCAUCAUCAAUCGUACAACAAACUGGUGUUCAUAAUCCAAAUAAAGAUAUUGAAGUAUCAUCAUCACCUGAUGAUUCUAUUGCUGGUUUAGCAUUUUCACCACCAACAUUGCCACAAAAUUUUUUAAUUUCCGGAUCAUGGGAUAAUCAAAUUCGUUGUUGGGAAAUUAUCGGUACUACUAAUGCAUGGCAAACUAUUCCAAAAGCACAACAAUCACAUGCUGGUCCUGUUUUGGAUGUUCGUUUUAGUGAUGAUGGUACAAAAGUAUUUUCCGCAUCAGCCGAUAAAACAGUAAAAAUGUGGGAUCUAGCAUCGAAUCAACAGAUACAAGUUGCACAACAUGAUCAACCCGUUAAAACAUGUCAUUUUAUAAAGGCACCAAAUUAUACUUGUUUGAUGACAACAAGUUUUGAUAAAACAAUCAAGCUUUGGGAUCUACGUCAAGCCCAACCAGCAAUGACCGUACAAUUGAAUGAUAAAGUUUUCUGUGCUGAUGUUCAUUAUCCAAUGGCCGUUGUAUCGUUAGCAAAUCGUGCUAUUCUAGUUUAUUCAUUGGAAAAUGGUUUACAACAAUUUAAACAAAUAGAAUCACCAUUAAAAUAUCAACAUCGUUGUGUAUCGAUUUUUACCGAUAAAGAUAAAUCAAAUAAUCCACCAACUGGUUUUGCUGUUGGUAGUGUUGAAGGUCGUGUUGCUAUUCAAUAUUUGAAUCCAGCAAAUCCUAAAGAUAAUUUUACAUUUAAAUGUCAUCGUUCAAAUGGAACGAAUACAAAUUUUCAAGAUGUUUUUAUUGUACAUGAUAUUGCUUUUCAUCCACAACAUGGUACAUUAGCUACUGUUGGUUCGGAUGGCCGUUAUUCAUUUUGGGAUAAAGAUGCACGUACAAAAUUGAAAACAUCCGAACAAGUUGAACAACCAAUAACACGUUGUGCAUUUUCAGCAAGGGGUGAAAUUUUCGCUUAUUCAGUUAGUUAUGAUUGGUCAAAAGGACAUGAAUAUUUUAAUCCACAGAAAAAAAAUUAUAUUUUUUUACAUGGUUGUUUUGAAGAAUUACGACCAAGAAAAAAGAAUUGAUUUCAACCAGCCAGCCACCAAACCUACUUUUUUUCAUAUCGUCCAUAUCGUUGUUGUUUAACCCCCUUUAACAACCAUUUAUUCCAAAUUUUUUUUCUAUCCCUUUUUGUUCAUUUUUGAUUUGAU